AUGGCCCCCACCGAUGCCACCAACGCCGCCAACCCGAGGAACCUCCUGCCGCUCUGCCCGCUGCUGCUGGGGCUCUGCCUGCUACUCGCCAGUCUCUGCACUUUCUGCAGGAGGAGGAAGAAGAGGAGGAUACAGAGGGGGCAGAGUAUGUACCCCAGUGGGGUGGCACUAGUGGAUGUGUCUCUGCUUCGCCAAACCCAACUGCGCUCUCUCAGUAAGUCCGACACCAAACUGCACGAGAUCCAGAGACCCCGACCCGGAUACCCCCAGCUCGAGGCCAUCAGUAAUGGAACCCUCUGUGUACCCCCUUCCCGGUGGCAGGUCCCAUGCCCCCCAGCUGGUAACGAUGUCACCUACUCCAACCUGGCUUUUGCCCCUCCGCUACCCAAGCUCAGUGGGCACGAGAGUGUGGGCUCCGCGGCGGAGCUGAAUGGGCCGGCCAGUGGGGCAGCAGAGUAUGCCUGUGUGCGGAGGGGCAACAAGGGCGGAGGGGUAGGAGCCCAACCGCACAGGGACCAGAGGCCCAGGGUACCUUCCCCCUCCCCAGGGCCGGAUACUCUCAAGCUGGAGGAGAUGUACUCGAAAGUGAAGAAGAAGAAGAGGCCCAUGGAAGUAUCGAGCAGAGCGGGGGCCACCGAGAGCGCUCCAGCCUGCAGCGUCCCCCCGACUGCCGGCAUUCCCCCCAAACGGGUUCCUUCCGCCCAAUCAGAUGAGAACCUGUAUGAGAGUAUCUGUGAGAUGGGCAGCUGUGCCCCAGAGGCUGAUGGGAAUGGGACGGUUAUCACAGAAUUAUAGCUGCUCCCCCCAUAAUACUGGGAGAGACUGCUGGGGGGCACGUGGGGGGCUGACGGUAUGAGCACCUAUAAAAGCUUUAUUGAGGGAA